UCUAUCUGCCUGAAUCUCCUCUCUGCAGAGUCUCUCCUCUUACACCAGCUCCGUGCUACAAGACUCCCUCUGUGAACAUGUCUGUCAGAGCCAUGAAGACCACCACCUUCUCCACUGUGUCGUCCUCCAGGAGCCCAUCCCAGAGCUUUAGCAGCCGCUCCUUCUCCGGCUACGGUGGUCGUGGUGUGGGCAGUGGCAGGCAGAGCUACGCUGUCCGCAGCUCCUAUGGGGGAGUGGGCAGCAGUGGUGCCACUGUGGGCGUUGGGGGGUUUAAGAUGGCUGGUGGGUAUGUUGCUGGGGGGUCUGGACAAAGAGGAGGUGGAGUAGAGUUUGGCUAUCUGGGCUUUGGUGGAGGUGUGGGAGGUGGCAUGGCCAAUGAAAUGAUGGCCCCCAUCACAGCGGUGACUGUGAACAAGAGCCUGCUGGCCCCCUUGAACCUGGAGAUUGACCCCACCAUCCAGGUGAUCCGCACCCAGGAGAAGGAACAGAUCAAGACCCUGAACAACCGCUUUGCUUCCUUUAUUGACAAGGUACGCUUCCUGGAACAGCAGAACAAAAUGCUUGAGACCAAGUGGAAACUUCUGCAGGAACAGACCACGUCUCGCUCCAACGUCGAUGCCAUGUUCGAAGCCUACAUUGCCAACUUGCGUAAGCAGCUAGACAACUUGGGUCACGAAAAAGUCAAACUAGAGUCCGACCUGUACCACAUGACUGGCCUGGUUGAAGACUUCAAAAGCAAGUAUGAGGAUGAGAUCAACAAGCGAAAUGAGUGUGAGAACAACUUUGUCCUCACAAAGAAGGACACUGAUGCAGCCUAUAUGAUCAAAGUGGAGCUGGAAGCCAAACUGGAUGGACUCUCUGAUGAAAUUGAGUUCCUGAGGCAGAUCUUCGAUGCAGAAAUCCAUGAGCUGCAGGGUCAGAUCAAGGACACAUCCGUUGUGGUGGAGAUGGACAACAGCCGUAACCUAGACAUGGAUGCCAUCGUCGCUGAAGUGCGUGCCCAGUAUGAAGACAUCGCCAACCGUAGCAGAGCCGAGGCUGAGUCAUGGUACCAGACUAAGUAUGAAGAAAUGCAGCAGUCAGCAGGCAGAUAUGGUGACGACCUGAAGUCAUCCAAGGCUGAGAUCGCUGACAUGAACCGCAAGAUAUUGAGGCUCCAGUCUGAAAUUGACAUGGUUAAAUCACAGCGAAACAGUUUGGAAGCUCAAAUUGCAGAGGCUGAGGAGCGUGGUGAGCUGGCAGUGAAGGAUGCUAAACUCCGCAUCAGAGACCUGGAGGAAGCUCUCCAGAGAGCCAAGCAGGAUAUGGCCCUGCAAGUCCGCCAAUACCAGGAACUGAUGAAUUUGAAGCUGGCUCUGGACAUAGAGAUCGCCACCUACAGGAAACUGCUGGAAGGAGAGGAGGACAGGUUAGCAAUUGGAAUCAAGACCACUGUAUCCAAGCAAACUUCCAUGAACUACAAUGCCUACGGCCUGGAGAGCUCCCGAACCCCGUCCUACGUCAGCCGCUCCUUUGAUGGAGUCAAGGCUAGCAGUGGUUCUGCUGCUGCCCUCGAGGGGGCAACGUUGAAGAGCACCACAGUCACCAAGACAGAGACUGUGAUGAUCAAGACUGAGGAGAAGACCGAGGAGGUGAAGAAGGAAGAGGAGCAGCAGCAUGCAGCAACCGAGGAGUUAACUGCUGUGCAGACGAAGGAGCAGGACCAAGUGAAACCUGAGGCUGUGGCUGAGGAAUGAAGCUUUUCCCUCCCCCGUGUUUUGGCAGAUUUAUGAUUGGUCUUGGAGGUUAAAAAAGCAAGACUACUCCUACUUUAUUAUCCAGUUCUUAAAUCAUUCGUUCUCCAAGGUGCCUUCACCAAAUAAUGUCUGUGUUUCUACUGUAAGAAGUGCAAAUGGACAUGUCUUUGUCCAGGUUUCUGAAAACUCUUGUCAACUGUGGAUUGAGUCGUUCAGCGAUCACUGCACCAUACUUGGUUUACCAGCAGGUGGCACUAUUGUAUGUUUUCCUCUGCUGCUCCAUAUUGUCCUUCCAUCAAAGCACUGCUGACACAGCAACCUGUAAUUCACAGUCUAGCCUAAUAUUCAUCUGAUUGACAUUUUGGGGACAUAAACAUCGCCAUAACGAACUCCUUAUGCUAAACCUGCUGUACCUAAACAGUAAAGUAAGAUGAAAAUCAGUCACAAAAGUCUUAAUAAUAUCUUAGAAAAACCUUUUUCCAUGUAUUACUGUUGGCAACACCCUGAGUCCUGUUUGCUCAACAAUAAAUCUUCUUCCAACAGUUUUUUA